GUUACGAGCCACGCCUAGAAGAUGGCUUCCGAAUCCCAGAGCUCAGCAGGAUUGACCAUUACUAUACGACUGAUUAGAUCAUUUGAGCACAGAAACAUUCGUUACAUUGUUUUAAAAGAUGUAGACCCAAGCUUGACUAUUCAAGACCUUAUGGAUCAAAUCAAUAAAGACCUUCAAUCGUCCCACAUAUUACCAGUACCAUUCAGAAAACACCAAUUCAAUUGCAUGAAGAUUAACUCGUAUGCUCAUGGUCACAAGAGUAAUGAUACUGCAAUUACGCUCGGACGCAAUGAAUGGAUACUAGAUCCAUCAAAGACCAUACUAGAAUCAAACAUAAGGAAUGAAACUGAAAUAUCAUAUUUUAACAAGUCAGACUACGAAAGAUAUGAAAGUCAUCCCCAGCUGCUGUGGUAGUCCUUCAAAGACUCAGUAAUUAUAAUCAGAUCUAUAAAUGGCCAAUGUAUAAUAAUAAUUAUUAUAUAUUUUAAAAA